GGAACGCACAAUUUGCUCAGCCAUUUAACCAUGUAUUUAUCCCACAGUCAUUGAACACACCAGCUUUAUAAACAUGAAUGGUCGUACCAGGUCAAUUAAUAUGAAUGCCCUUCUACGUAUCUGGUCGAUCGACAGAAUCAUUAACGUGCAAUAUAACAUAUCAUACCUUGAUCAUGUUCUUAACAUUUGCUUCAGCUCAACUUUCAUCGGGUUCAUUACUUUGGGGAUUGUUAAUAUUAUCGCUUACCCAAAAGCAUCUCCAGAUUUGAAGUCCUGGUUUUUUGUAUUAGCCAAUAUGGCCAUUUAUGUUAGCUGUUUCCCACAAAAACAAUUUUGUAUUUAUUGCAAGUGUAUUAAAGCUUACCACCAAAAACUAAUUUAUGAGAAAAAUUCUCAAGGGUAUGAAGUUAAUGACAAUGAUAUAAAAUUAGCAAAAUCAUAUAGAGAUAUUAGUCAAUUAGAAAAGGGGCAAUUGAACGAGUCCCCUGAACCCCAAGAUGGAGCUGCUAUCGAAAGUGCUUUUAAUUUUGCAGUUGAUGAACUUAAAGCUGGUGUUAAUGAUGAUUAUGUUAGACUAUAUCCGACAUUAUUGUUUUGUGUAAAUGGCAAAAUAAUGGCUAGAUAUGUAAAGGGUGCAACCAUCUUUAAGUGGCAAAGCUUUAUUGGAUCUGUGGUUUGUGGUGUAGCUGUUGUUGGUUUUUUAACAUUAGUGUAUUGGUGAAU